AUGGAUCGAGCUAGUUUUAUUAAUCCAAUAUUCAUAAUACCGUUAAAUCGUCACAAAUUUUACGACCUGCAACAGGAUUAUGAAGUGGCUCCACCGGAUUAUCAGCGCCGAUUAAAUCGUCACAAAUUUUACGAUCUGCAACAGGAUUAUGAAGUGGCUCCACCGGAUUAUCAACGCCGAGUUUGGAGCUCUUAA